AUGAGGAACUGCAUCCAACCUGAACAAAUGUUGGCUGUUACAUUAAGGUACCUGGGUAGUGAAUGUAGCUUCACAGAUCUGUAUUACAGCUAUCGAUUGGGAAUUUCUACAAGUACAAAAAUUGUUCGGGAGGUCUGUAACAUUCUCUGGUCAUCUUUAGUACAAGAAUUUAUUCCUAAACUUACGAAAGAACUCUGCGAGUCAGUUGAAACUGGAUUCGAAAAAUGGGCAAAUUUUUUCCACUGCAUUGUUGUGUUGAUGGCAGUCGCUGACUCGAACUAUCGAUUCGUUUAUGUUGAUGUAGGCGCAUAUGGAAGUGAGUGUGAUUCAAAUAUUUUUAAAGAAAGUACUUUGUGGAAGAGUAUACAAGAAAAGACCUUGGAAUUGCCACCUGCAAAGCCUUUACCUAGUUCUGAAGGUCCAAAUAUACCUUAUUUUCUUAUAGGAGAUGAAGUUUUUGGAUUAAAUACUAAUUUAUUAUGGCCUUUUGGAGGAAAGGAACUUUCACAGAAAAAAAGAAUAUUCAAUUAUCGCCUCAGCCGAGCCAGGAGAUAUGUUGAGUGCUCCUUUGGUAUACUGACAAACAAAUGGAGAAUUUUGCAUCGACCUUUGAAUGUUAAUAUAGAUUUUGCCGUUAGUAUUGUGAAAGCUUGUGUAGUGCUUCACAAUUUCGUGAGGGAAAGAGAUGGCUAUAACUUUAAGGAUACCAUGACAGUUUUGGGUAUGAAUAAUUUGCCAGCACAACCAAAUAUGCAAGGUGGAAGGGCGGCUAAUGAUAUUAGAAAUGUCCUAAGUGACUAUUUUCUAACUGAAGUAGGCAAAGUACCAUGGCAAUUGUCAAAAAUUUAG